AUGAUCAGGAAGAAGGCGAACAAACUAUCCUGGCCAUAUACACCUGAACCUUCACCCCAUCUUGAACCUUCAGUCUACCCAUUGGAGGACGUGCCAGAAGAUUUCGCCAUGUCUGGUGAGGAGCUUCCAAGGGCAAGGCCCAUUAGUAUGGUGUCUCGGAAAGACGGCGUAAUGUCACCAGCAAGACCGACAUUAGACGAAGUACUCAACAACACCGCCCCACAACCCUACACCCUCGCAGCGUACACAGCCUUUCUCUCUCAACAACACUGCUUGGAGACCCUUGAAUUUACCACCGAGGCGAAGAAAUAUGCAGAAAAGUACGACGAGGUUUCGGCGCAGCUGGCGGGGAUUCCACUGACAAUUGACACGGACAAGGGUUAUGAUUUGAUCCAGGAUUGGAAAAGGAUCCUCGACAUCUAUGUCAAACCAGGUGCACCACGUGAGAUCAAUCUACCGGCCGAGGAACGAGACGAUCUGGUUGAGCAAUCUGCAGACGUUCGACCGCCUCAACCAGAGGCACUUGAGCCAGCAAUCAAGAGGAUGUACGACCUCAUGUCAGAAUCCAUCUUCAUUCCUUUUUGCAACAGUCUCAAGACCGUGUCAUACGCACAAACCUAUUCCACUAUGUCGGCUUGGCAACAUGGCGAUCUAGAAGCGUCACGCUUAACAUUUGAUGAACGAGCGAUGCACCAACGGAUACCAUCCCGACGGAGGCGGUCCCCGCCGAAUACCUCGGCAGUCUCAUUCGAAGCCACCCGAUCUCCGCCGCACCAUCGACCAACACAAUCGUCGUCUCUAUCCUCAGCGUUCAGUCGGCAAAGCGGAGUACGGCUGUCUACCCAUGUCUCACAUUCCUCUGCCGUUUCCGAAGAUGCCCUUACCGACAGCAGUAAUGGUCCUGAGAGUCCGCCCGCAGGCGAACAAGAGUCCAUGGUGACACCGCCUACAACACCUCCAACUAGUGAUUUGCAUGCAAGUGCAAGUACGAGCGGGCUUGGAAAUGGCAAUGGACAAUUAAGCGGUCUUACAUCUAUUCCUCUUCCCAAAUCCCAGAGGAGCGAGAGCGGAGGUUGGAAGAAAAUGGCAAAGAUCUUUGGCGGCGGGAGCAAAAAGAAAGGUGGUAGUUUUAAUGACUGA